AAUUUGAAUUUUAUUACAGUUUCAGACACGUUCAUCUGUUUGGAUAAGGUCUAUAAAGUUUUCAGUAAUGUUUAGAGUUGAAAUAUGUGUGUAUUUUCAGUGUGUAUUUUCAGGCAGGUGAGCUGCAGGUGAGCUCAUUAAAGGCGAACCGCCUCCAUCUUGUCUGUAGACGUUUUCGGGCUGCGUCCCAAACCGCAAACUAUAUCGUACUACCUGCUGUUUCCAUGUUAAUCGUGCGGUAUAGUUGGAUUUGGGAUGCAACCGUGGCGCCCUGUGACCCCUAUUAAGUACUUUAGGGUGCAGGUUUGGACGUGGCCUUUCUCCAGUAGCUUUAGACCUAAAAAAGUGUUUGGUUUGUGUUAAAUAUUUUCUUCAGUUCUUAUUCAGUAGGUCUAUUUGAUGACUAGUUUAAGAAGAAGGCUUAUUUGAGGGGUUUAGACUGAUGAAGAAGCAUUAAAGCGUUGUUCAGAGGCAGCAGGCUGAAGGUGUUAUGAUUAUCUACUAAAAUGGCGGAGCAAAUCUACGACAUUAAAGGCGCUCUCAACUCCGGAAGUCAGUUCACUGAGGACCCGGAGUUGGAGGCGAUCAAGGCGCGGGUGAUGGAGAUGGAGGAAGAGGAGGAGGAGAAGCUGAGGGAAGCGCAGUACUGUUCAGACAAGCCGUUUCCCUACGGCCCUCUACAGACAGGACUCUUCUACAGCAUGACACCUGAGGAGAGGAUAGACGCUGACACUAGAUCCGUUUAUGUGGGGAAUGUGGAUUAUGGGACGACUGCUGAUGAGCUGGAGAUCUACUUUAAUGGCUGUGGGCACGUGAACAGGGUCACUAUUCUGUGUGAUAAAUUUACUGGCCAUCCGAAAGGGUUUGCAUACAUCGAGUUCUCUGAUAGAGAGUCGGUCAGGUUGGCCAUGGCUUUGGAUGAAACCUUGUUCAGAGGACGAGUCAUUAAGGUCUUACCAAAACGCACCAACAUGCCGGGCAUCAGCAGCACAGACAGAGGGUUCGCGCGAGGGGGACGUUUCCGUGGCAGAGGUGUCCGCACUUCCCGAUUCCAUAAUGGCUUCCAGGGCAGAUUCCGCGGCUUCAUCAGGGGAAGUGGAAGAGCCCAGCCUUGGUACAUUUCAUACUGACAGAAUGAAAAGAGUUUGUUUUAGUUUUAUUUUUCUUUUCUGAGCACUUAUGGGUGCUAACUGUUCAGUGCUGUUACGUUCCUGCCUUUAAUGGACUCCCAGUCUACACAUCAAUUUUCAUAGUUACAUUUUAAGUGCAUAUAUAUUUUUGUAUAGCUUCUCAUAUAUUUUGUCUGAUUUAAAGCCUGAACGAUGAGGAGACUUGAUUUACAUUGAUGACGUUAUUUUAUUUCUAUUUUUAUAAAUGUCUUUUCUGUAAAAUGAGCUGGUUGGAGGCUGGAGUGCCUUUGAAUUUUGGUAUUUUUUGUCUAAUUUUCUAUCUCCUUUCAUUGUUUAAUGUAAAUCAUUGACAGAAAAAAUAAAUAAAAUCUUUUUGCUCUUUCCUGUA